AUGAUAACAACAAUACUAUAUAGUAAUUAUGAAUAUAUGGACAAAAUGUCUAUUAAUAAAGAUCUUAAAUGUGACUAUUGUAAUAAUCCAUUUGUUGAACCUGUGUCAACACCAUGUAAUCAUAUAUUUUGUCGAGUAUGUAUUGAAAAUAAAAUUAAAAAUACAGAUGGAACUUGUGCAAAACCAAAAUGUAAAAAUAAAUCAAUUACAUUAGAAAAUUUAACACCAGUUACAAAACAUAUUAUUUUAAAUAUGCUCGAUCGUCUACUUGUUAAAUGUACUAGUUGUGGUAUGGCAAAUAUUGAACGUAGUGCAUUUGAAAAACACUAUACUAAAACAUGUCCAAAAGCAAUUGUGUCUUGUACAGCAAUAGAUAUUAAAUGUCCAUGGACAGGACCAAAUGAUCAAUUAAAACAACAUAUUUUUUCAUGUAUUUAUGAACAAAUUCGUCCUGUCAUUAAUGAAAUUAUUCAAGAUAAUCGUCAAUUAAAAGAAAAACUUCAACAAAUGUCUGAACAAUAUUUAAAAUAUCAUCAAUUACAUAUAAAAGAAUUACAAGAAAUAAAUCAACGUUUAAAUAAAAUUGUAGAACAAUUAAAUGAAAUAUUAUAUCAAGAAAAAAAUCAAUUAAACGAAUUACAAAAUGAAAUGCAACAAUUAAAAGAAUUAAUUAUACAUAAUAAAACUCAUAUUAAUGAAUUACAAAUUGAAACUCAACGUAAAAAAAAUGAAAUCAUACAUAUUGAGGAACCUUAUGUAUAUUCUUAUAAUAAUUCUCAACUUGAAAACAAUAUAUCAAAAUGUCAAUCACAUACAACAAUUGAUUUAUCGAAACAUCAAUUGCUUGAUCGUGAUAUGGAAAUUAUUAUAAAACAAGCAAUAAUUGAAAAAGAAUGUACAAGACUUGAUCUGAGUCACAAUUUUAUUACAUCAAUAGGUACAUCGAUUUUAGCUGAUGCAUUAAAACAUAAUACAACAUUAGAAGAAUUAGAUUUUCAUGAUAAUCGUAUAUCAGAUAUCGGUGUUCAAUCAUUAACAAAAAUUUUAUCAUCAAAUACUUCAAUUAUUAAAGCACUUGGUCUUGGAUCAAAUGGUAUUACAGAUAAAGGAGUUGAAUAUUUAGCUGAAAUGUUAAAAAUAAAUCGAACAGUUACAUGGUUAGCAUUAGCUGGUAAUCAAAUCGGUGAUCGUGGUGUACGACUAUUAGCAAAUACAUUAGCUCAUCAAAAUUCAACUUUAUUAGUAUUAUCACUUCAUGUUAAUAAAUCUAUCAGUGAUGAAAGUAUUAAUGUUAUCAUUGAUAUGUUACAACAUAAUAAAUCAUUAAAGAAACUUUGGAUAUAUGAUUGUAAUAUAUCAGAAUAUGGAAAAAUGAAACUUCGAGAAGCAACAAAAUCGAAACAAAAUUUUUCACUUUAUAUGUAA